GAUAUAGAUGGCGUUGGUAGGCCUGCUGAUCCUGAGAGGGAUUGUUUCUGUUGCUGGACUCGUAGGCAACGUGAUGCUGAUCCAAGCCCUCCUGAAGUUGCCUCGGCUGAAGACAUUUGAGCUCUUCUUGCUGGGGCUUGCGUUCUCCAACGUCGAGGAGCUCUUGAUCGUGGAGAUCUAUGACAUCAUUGUGGUCCUGUUCCGGUCACAGAUCAGCCGCUGGGUGUGCCGCACACUGAAGUUUCUCACCAUCCUGGGGGAGAUCGGCAGCAUCACGUUCACCGUGCUCAUUAGCAGCUACCGCUACCAGAAGCUCCGGGACGCCGAGCAGCGGGUCAACAAGCCUAUCCUCAUGGACAGCACGCGUGCGGCGUACGCCUUCGCCUGGGCGAGUCUGCUCUUCGCGUUUCUCCUCGCCGUGCCCACAUACGUCACAAACCUCGACGGGCAUCUGGGCAACCUGACCUACAACUCCAGCUGCCCGCCUGACUUCUUCCAGUGCCCGCCGGACAACUGUCCCCUGCUCAACGCCUUGUACAAGUACCUUUUCAUCCUGCUGUGCAACCUUCUGCCCCUGCUCAUCAUCACCUGGACCAGCUGUCUCAUCAUCAGGGUCCUUAUAGCCCAACAGAGGGCCGUGCAUGCUCGCCUUGCCACGCAGAUACAGUCACAGCAGCAGCAACAGCCCAAGUUCCGACUCAGAACCUCAAAGUUCCAGCAGAGCACCGUUGCCAUCCUGGUUGCCAUGGUGGUGUUCCAGGUGGACUGGACCCUGUACCUGAUGCUCCACCUGGCUUUCAGCCCUUACACAUUUAGUGGCUUCUCUGAGUUUGAGUUCUUCAUCACCACAUCCUACACCACCAUCAGCCCAUAUGUGUAUGGGGUUGGAAUUAACCUCUUGUCCUGUAAGACUUGUAAGAGGUGUGACGGCUGACUAUACAGUAUACACUACACUUGUGUGUAGGGCCACGUCUGCGGCAGAGGCAACAGGGAUUAUUAUUCUAUCCUCACUUGGCAAA